AUGGGUUCUCUACGCUGGGCUGUCUCUCUAGCAGAGUGUGAGGCGUGCACAUCAUUCGAAUCGUUGUUUCGCCGAGCUCUACAAUGUCUUCCAAGCGAAGACGUUGAAAAACAACGGAGAUUUCGGUUUCGUGACGACAGUCUAGCAUGUGUGGUAGGGCGACUAUUAAUAAGGCAAGCAGUACGAACCGUGUGUUCACUGCCUUGGCAUGUCAUCGAAAUUGCUAGAUCGGAACGUGGUAAACCAUAUCUGACGAACUCAAAUGCGCGCCUAAAUUUCAACGUUUCCCACCAAGGUGAUCUCGUCGUCUUUGCCAGUAGUCAAAGUGAAGAAAUUGGAGUUGAUGUCAUGCGUGUGACAGAUGACUGUCGAGCUCGUUCCGCUCAGGAACAUAUAGAACAUAUGUCUUCAUUGUUUACCGAAGGGGAGUUGCAAAUGAUGCGGAGUGCAGUCUCGGAAAGAGAGAAGUGGACCGCUUUCUACCGUAUCUGGUGUCUCAAGGAGUCAGUGUUGAAAGCGACUGGUACUGGUUUGGUGAAAGACCUACGGAUGCUUGAUUUUCAUACAACAAACGAAAAACAUACUCCUGGUUGCUUCAUUACGUCAACGACGUGGUCGGAGAAUGGUGUCCCGCGAGACAAUUGGUUAUUUGAGGAGAGCUUUGUAAACGAAAAUCACUGUGUGGCUGUCGGAAGGAUUCUAUCAGAGAGCAAAAAAAUUACAUUAAAAAGAGAACAACUACAAUUGAAGAAGAAGUUUUUCUCGUUUGUUCCCUUUGAACGAUUACUCGACGGAAGUUCCGUUGUAAAUCCAAUAGAGGACGGUGGAGCUGCAGAAUUUGCGGAAUUCAUUGCGAAAUCCGCGAAAACUUGGUAA